UUGUUUGUUGUUUCAAAUUCGAAGUUUUUGUUUGUUUGUUUGUUUAACGGCGAGUUCACGUGCGUGUUUAUCAACACAACAUCCGGUCCGGUCACCAAGCUGCUCGGUUUAUUUCCGACUGAAUGUGACGUCAUUUAAUUCAACUUCAGGAGCUAACGGCUAACUUGAACAAUGGAUCUUCAGUCUGUCAGGACAUCAACAGAGAGGGAGGAAGGAGGAGGAGUGCAGAAGGCUGGGAUGAAGAGGAGACAUGAGGAUGAGGACACCUCACCCAACAAGAAGCUGGUUACUGAUCACAGUGUGAAGGUAGCGAGUCACUACAACAGCCUGCAGGAAGUUGGCCUGGCUGUGCGGAGUCGAAGCAGAAUCUUCUUCAUGAGGAACUUCAACAACUGGCUGAAGAGCGUCCUGAUUGGUGAGAUCCUGGAACAGGUACGGGGGGCGGGCGCUCAGCAGGUGUCUGUAUUGGACCUUGGCUGUGGGAAAGGAGGAGACCUACUCAAAUGGAGGAGAGGAGGGAUCAGUCACUUGGUCUGUGCAGAUAUAGCAGGAGUGUCGGUGGAGCAGUGUCAGAGUCGAUAUGAAGACAUGAAGAAGAAAAGUCAUGUUAAUGAGAAAAUCUUCAGCGCUCAAUUUAUCACUGCAGACUGUACCAAGGAGGUUUUGUCAGAUAAGCUGGAUGACCCUGAACUGAGGUUUGACAUCUGCAGCUGUCAGUUUGUUUAUCAUUACUCAUUUGAGAGUGAACAGAAGGCUGACAUGAUGCUAAGAAAUGCCUGUGAGCGUCUGAAACCUGGAGGUUUCUUCAUUGGAACGACGCCGGACGCCUUUGAACUUGUUAAACGGUUGGAGGCAUCGGACUCUCUGUCAUUUGGUAACGAGGUUUUUAGUGUUUCUUUUCAGUCCAAAGGUUUCUAUCCUCUGUUCAGCUGUCAGUAUCACUUCAGCCUUGAGGAUGUUGUCAACGUUCCAGAGUUCCUCGUCUACUUUCCUCUUUUUGAAGACAUGGCGAAGCGUUACAACAUGCGUCUGGUGUUGAAACAGAGAUUCUCCGAGUUCUUUGAAGAGAAAGUGAAGAAGGAGCACCAUCGCAGCCUCAUGAUGAAGAUGAUGGCUCUGGAGCCAUUUCCCAGUGAGGAUGGAGGCCGACUGGCUGCAGAUAGCAAAGGAGAGUACUGCCAUGCUAAAGAGCAAUGUAGCAGAGUCGGAGUCAAACUACCGCUGGGCACUUUGAGUAGAUCUGAGUGGGAAGCAACCAGUAUCUACCUGGUGUUUGUCUUUCAGAAGAUGCCCUCACACUGAAAACAGUCUUCUUUGGUUUGUCAAGUCACCUGCUUCUCCUCAGCUCACCUGUUCUCCAUCUUGUUUGUACAGUGUUUGCCUGUUUUCUUUCCAAGUUAAUGUUUGAUAAACUAUGAAGUGUGUGUGAA